CCUACAUCGAUGUAGGAGCAGGGCAACCCAUAUGAUUUAAUUUAAUUUGACAAACAAUCAACAUCAUAUGGGUUGUCCUGUUCCUAGAGUUAUAUUUGUUGUCAGACAGACUAUAAGUACUAUACAUAACAUAAUUAGAUGAAUAUAGGAGUUAAAUAAGAAAUGAAAAGGGGUUCACAGUAUUCUAAGUGGAUAUAUUUGAAUAAUGAGCCUGCAUGGAUAAAUAUAGAGCCCCCAUACUUAAGACAUGCUAAAAGUGUCGAAAAAAAAGAAAAACGACCGAUUAAAUCUGAACCAAAAGAAAAGAUCGAGGUGAAAAAGAAGCCAUCGAAAGAUGAAACACGAGGGGAAAUGAUCAAGAAUACCCGAUACUCAUUUACGUCAUUUAUAAUACCUCUAUGUAUCACUGGUCAUAGAAAAGAUUACCAAUUGUUAUACUGCAUAUGUGCUUUGAAAAAGGCUGUUAAAAUAAUGAGUUCAGCACUGAGGAAGGAUGGUUUUGCGCAGUUAUAUAUGGUUGGCUUGAAGAGCAAAGUGAACUGGGAACAGAUCAAAGAAAACAACGUCACCUUCACAGACAUGAUAGUUGACUUUCUUAUGAAAUCAGGGACAGUGUGCAUGGUUGCUGCCAACAGGAAAGAGGUCUUCAACAAGGUCCGUAACCCGGAUGCUCCGUUUAUUGUGUUGUUAUCAACUACUGAUAUUCAACUGCCAUGUCGAACAAAUUUAUGUGCAGGAACCAGUUGGAUGAUAUUUAGGCGGAGUGAAGAAAGUCGUAAAGGUUUAUUCGAUAGGGAAGUCUUCAAGGGAGGGAGAAGAGCGCUCCACUCUGGCAUUUUGAUAAACGGGUGCAACACGAUGAUGGCAAGUGCAUUCAAGAAAUUAGACGGUAUCCAUUACUUCAUGUUUGACAUUAUGACAGGUGACUUCCGUUUGUUCGAGGAUAGUUGCUAUUUGCGCCCCAGCGGAAACCUGCUCUCUAUCAAUGAAGCACUUUUCUACAAAUUUACUCCAAACGUUCAAGCUUGGUUGAAAGAGAGAAAGGCUCAGCAGAAGUCUAAAGGAUAUUAUUCGAGAUACACGGGCGGAUGGUUGACCGACUGCUUCAUAAUAUUACGUUCCGGUGGUCUACUCCUAUCGCCCGAAGAUAGUGAAUUUAAAGAUGGAAGGGUUAAGUUGUUAUGCAAAGCAGUUACCAUGGCGCAUGUUGUGGAGAAGGCCGGUGGGAAAGCCUCAAACGGUCAAACGGCCAUUUUAAAGUCCCUUAAAACUUCGAAGUCACAACAUACCAACCUGAUCCUUGGCUCUAUCGAAGAAGUGGAUAACUACAUCAAGCAUGUCGAGCCUCAUUUGAGCCAGGGCUACCAACUUGAGACAGAUGAAGAUGACACUUCAACGGACCUUGACGAAUAAAAGUUUUAAAUUUUAA